AUGACUAUUGUCUUACGAUAUGUUGAUAGAAGGGGAAGUGUGAUGGAACGAUUUCUUGGUAUUGUUCAUGUUCGUGAUACUACUGCUUUGUCUUUAAAGAAUGAAAUUAUUGGUUUACUUGCUCAACAUUCUUUAAGUCAAUCUUAUAUACGUGGACAAUGUUAUGAUGGAGCAAGUAAUAUGCAAGGUGAUAUAAAUGGGCUAAAAAAAUUGAUGCAACAAAAGAGUAAAGGUGCUCAUUCUAUUCAUUGUUUUGCUCAUCAACUUCAAUUAACUCUUGUUGCGAUUUCUAGUAGAUGUGAUGAAGUGCAAGAACUUUUAUUAUUGGUUUUUGAUAUACUAAAUAUGGUGGGAGUUUCUUUCAAGCGUAGAGAUGAACUUCGCGAAGCUCAAGCAAAAGAAAUUGAAAAGGCAUUACAUAAAGGUGAACUUGAAACUGGUAAGGGCUUGAAUCAAGAAUUAGGUCUUGCUAGAGCAGGUGAUACUCGAUGGGGAUCUCAUUACAAAUCUUUUAACAAUUUUAUCCUCAUGUUUGGUCCUAUCAUUGAUGUACUUGAUGCUAUUGCUGUUAAUACUCGUUUUGAAGAGAAAUGUAGGGCAAAAGGAUAUCUUAUAGAAUGUUUAACAUUUGAUGUUGUCUUUAUGUUGCAUUUCAUGCGCAUUGUUUUAGCAAUUACAAAUGAUCUAAAUGCUGCUUUUCAAAAGAAAGAGUAA